CCGAAGCACAAGGGGGCAAUAAUGUGUGUAGCUCAAGCAGGUUCCAAAAAUUCACGAAGAAGAAGUAGAACGGGAAAAGAAACCGUAGAAGAAGAUUUCUGGUCAUGCGAAAAUCCCAACAGUCAUAAUGGGAACCCAAGUGAAAGAUGUCCUCAUAAAGCCUGACGCUCCCUGCGCUCUGCUGCUGGACAAACAUGCAGACUACAUCGCUGCAUACGGAUCUAAGAAGGAUGACUAUGAGUACACGCUGUCUGAGUACCUGAGGAUGAGCGGCAUCUACUGGGGGCUGACGGUGAUGGACCUGAUGGCGCAGCUUCCUCGGAUGAACCGGCAGGAGAUCAUAGAUUUUAUCAAAGCGUGUCAACACGAGUGUGGAGGCGUCAGCGCCAGCAUCGGACACGACCCCCACCUCCUCUAUACUCUCAGUGCUGUUCAGAUCCUGUGCUUGUAUGACAGCGUGGAUGCGCUUGAUAUUGACAAAGUGGUGGAAUACAUCAAAGGGUUGCAGCAGGAAGAUGGCUCCUUCGCAGGGGAUAAAUGGGGAGAGAUAGAUACAAGGUUUUCCUUCUGUGCUGUUGCUACACUGGCGUUACUAGGCAAGAUGGACACAAUAAAUGUUGACAAGGCUGUAGAGUUUGUCUUGUCCUGUAUGAACUUCGAUGGAGGUUUUGGCUGCAGACCUGGUUCAGAGUCUCAUGCUGGUCAGAUUUACUGCUGCACUGGCUUCCUGUCACUCACCGGUCAGCUGCACCAGGUGAACGCUGACCUGCUGGGCUGGUGGCUCUGCGAGAGACAGCUACCGUCCGGAGGCCUCAAUGGACGACCAGAGAAGCUUCCUGACGUUUGCUACUCAUGGUGGGUUUUGGCGUCGCUGAAAAUCAUAGGCAGGAUCCAUUGGAUCGACAAAGCCAAACUUCGGUCCUUUAUUCUGGCCUGUCAGGACGAGGAGACGGGAGGUUUCGCUGACAGACCUGGAGACAUGGUGGAUCCUUUCCACACUCUGUUCGGUGUGGCCGGUCUCUCCCUCCUCGGAGAUGAACAGAUAAAGCCGGUGAAUCCUGUUCUGUGCAUGCCUGAAGACGUCCUGCAGAGAAUCAACCUGCAGCCGGACCUCCUCAGCUAGCCCUGUUGCACUCAUCAAAUCAUCAUAUAGACACUCACACACACACAUACACACACACUGCUGCCCCACACACCCACACCUCCAUGACUGGAUGUUGGGAGCAGAGAGAGGACCACCACACGUGUUAGACCCAUUUCUCUGUGCUCACUACUGAAAAAUAGAGUCAUGCAGUGAUUCCUCUGAGCCUUCCUGUCUUUAAACCGUCAGCCUCUCUUCACAUUAUCAAGUAGCUUUUGUUGGUUUUACUACAAGAGAACAGAUUGACAAAGAAGAGAUGUUCGGAGGUGUAAACAUCAUUACUGAAGCACUGAAAACAUUAAAGGUGAACAGGUAUGAAGCUGCUGUGGAAACUGGUUCAUUAGUUUUCUUGCUCUCAGUGAUCACUAUUUUAGUUCUUAAAUUUUCCCAGGAAGUUAUUACUGUGAUAAAUUAUAAUCCUGAGACCGAGGCGCUCACUUGAGAGGCUUUUUCAUUAGGGCUACCUUAAUGAAACAGAGAGGAAGAAUGCUCAUCUGGACAGCGUUUAUAUUUCAUUCGGCUCGAAGACGGCACCACUCUUUAUCUUUCUGUCACUUCUGUUUUUCAAAAGUAAGAGCACGUGAAGAGAAAACAAUCCUUGUACUCUUUAUACUCGAACAAUCUUAUAAGUGCUGUUCUAGAAGCAGGGCUGUGUCCAGACUAUUUGACUGGGGUGACCCAACGAGGGUCACUGAUUUAUGCAGGGGUGGAAAGAAGAAUGUGUGCACCCCACACAUGAAUGAAUAUCAAUGAAUAUCUUAUUUACCCUUUCUGUCUCCACUAAUCAGAUCUAACUUUACCACUAACUUAAAGUAUCAUACAGAUGUUCUCUAUUUUUUAGAAAUCUGAGCAAGAUGUUUGUCAAAAGUCACAAUCCCAAGUUCUCAAAAAGCUGUUUAUCUUUUUUGUUGGAUGGACUGAUUCCUCUCUUACACUCUAAACUAAGCUACCACAUUUGAAUGCUAACACAGCUACUAGCAGCUGGUUGAAAUUCAGCUCAUAUAGCUGAUUGUAAGCAUAAGUCCUGCCUCUGACAAGGAAUAUAACCAAACAUGUUUUCACAUUUUCGAGCAUUACUUGGGGUGGCUAAUCGUGUUACAAUGUUGGCCCACGGCACCCCUCUGGGCACACCCCUGUGUUAAAGGCCUUACAACUGGAAAUGCUACACAACACUUCUUAAAAAUAACACUUUUAUUGACAUCACGCAUGAAAAAAGGUUCAAUUAAAACCACGUCACUCGGUCCAGUUUCGUGAUGCAGCUGUGGGCAGAGAGGAUUGAUGUAGCUUCUGUUCUGUGUGUAAAAUGAUGGAACAUUUCCAGUCUUAUAUGUUGAUGGUUCUCAUGUCUUUUUACAUCUACUAUUUUUCUCAAGACUCUUUUCUGUCAGAAACAGCUGCUCUUCAUGCUCUUACACUCUUGUCUUAUUGAAUACAGUUUUCAUCUGUUGUUAGAUAACUGGUCACAUUGUUCCUACAGAUAGAUACAUAAACAACAUGUUGUAAUAUCAGUUUUGAACUUCAUUGAAUGAUCACAGAUGAAUUCAUCUGUUAAUGUUGUCAUUCAAAUGAGUGCAAUGUCAUUAUUAGACAAAACCUGGGAAUGUGAUCAUACACUUUAAAUUAUAUUUGAGGUGGUUACAGGGGCGGAGCCAGACCUUUUGGCUGCAGUGGCCAAACUGAGGCGCUGACUAUUGUAGAGGUGACCAGGUACACAUUAGGGCCCUAGCACAAACCUAGGAGUCUUAUUUCUGCUAAUCACGUCUACUCUAACUUCUACUAUAAAAAAAAAAAUCCCCAAAUUUAUUCUAUUCAUGUCUAGAAUAUUUAAUUUUAAAAUGUAACUCAACAAAGUGGCAGCAUUUGAAUCUGCUGAACUUGAUUCUUUAGUUACUUAAAAAAGAAGAUGUUUGCAAAUAGCCAAUCAUAGUUUAGGAUUUCAGGGUGAUGAUGGCCUCCCCCUGGCUCCGCCCCCGGAUGGUAACAUUCAAACUACAACAAAUAUUCAACUUGUUCAUCUGCACGGUGUUUUCUGUGGGUGCAGCUCCAGAAAGCUGCUUUCUGUUGCACAUGUGUAUCUUAACUUAUUUGUUAUUUACGUUAGCAAUUAAAAGUUUCCUUUCGAGUAUGA